GGUCGAUAAGAUGUCGUUUAAAUUUGAAAUUUCUCUGCGCCGUUGAGACGUCUGAUAAACGGCUAGAGGGACGGUGUAGGACGCACGAGCUUUUAACGGCGACACCGGUUUUUUUUUGUUUUUUCACCGGAAAGAAACCCGACGAUUUAAGUAUGAGCUCGGAGGUGGUGAACGAUGAGAAUCAGGUCGCUUUGCCCAUACGUAAGCGCGUCCCGUCUGAAUCGUCCGCCGACAUUUUCGCUCUUGAUCAGCCCACGGGUCGUCCGUCCAUCCUGAGGCAGUCUCAGGUGGAGAACCUUAACAAGAACAUCUCUAAGGGAGUGAAGGUUUGUUUCCAGACUCCACUCAGAGACCCUGUCACAAAGAGGAUCAUGUCCCCGAGCCGUGUGGGCAGAAUGGCUACUCUUGAUGACUGCACUAAUGCACUGGAGUCUCUCAAACUCAAGUCUCCCUCUUUGCCCAGCGCUUCUACACAACCGAUCAACGUUCCCACUAAAAUGGACAGUUCCUUUCCAGACGAUGACAUGCCCAUUCAGAGCAGAGGAGGCUACACUAUUGACUUUGACAACCUUGACUCUGUGAAUCCCUUCCAGAGCUCAAGUAACAUGAUCCUCUCUCCACCCAAACCUGCAGUUCUGCUGCCGGACACUCUGACUGAGCCGACACUAGCCGCCUCAUCUCCUGCUCUCGAAGAAGUGGAACAGGUUACGGAAAAGGUAGACAUGGCUCUGGACGAAACUCUCCCUUUCAUUCCGUCUGUAGAGAAUUCCCUGGCAGACUUUUCUGCAGAAGGUGCUUCCACGGACAGCACAGUGAUCAUCGAGCCAAGGAGAACUGCACUUGCAGAUCACGUCGCUGAUGAUACAGUUGACGUAGAAGUUCCCGAAUCGACCCCUGUCAUUGAUGCAGUAGCCGAUUUGCUUUUAUCCCCUAAAGCAUCCUACCAGAUUGAUUUUGAUGAUUUGGAAUCGGUGGACCCUUUUAAAACCAGUGGCUCAAAAAUCCAGAACUCUCCUCCUGUCUCUGGGAAAACACCAAUCAGUAAUUUAGCACCUUUUAAUACUGAGGAGAUGAGCUCAGGAGUGAAGAACAGUGAGAUGCCUAGUGAGCAUGAAGAUAAGCUUUUUCAUGAUAGAAUGGUUAACCUUUCAGAGGUGAGCACAGACGGUGCUGCCCCCUCAGUGGUGCCCCCUAAAGAUGCUCCCAUGGUGCUGGAGUUUAACUUCGAUGACUGCACUGAAGUCAAACGCAAGCCUCCUCCCAAACGCCUCGGCUUAAAAAAGGCUCCCCUUUCCAAAACCAAAACAGAAGCUGCAAAGCCGGCAUCUGCUACAUCCGAGAAGAAAAGUCCAGAAACCAAACCUGAGUCAUGCAGCAUGCCGUCAGACAGCAUGGAGACAGGAAUUCCUCCAGCCAGAGGUGCUUACAGUAUCGACUUUGAUCAGUUUGACGAUCCAAACUUUAAUCCGUUUGGUACAACAGCAAAAAUGGGGAGCUCUCCUCCUCGUGAUGUUCCAGUGGUGAGGGAAAGCUCAACAAGGCCAGCACAAGCAGAAAACCAGGAAAUCCCUGUGGAGAACGCCACACACAGUUCUCUUUUCUCUGAACCUGAAAAGGCAACAGAAGCGGAACCAUCCUUUAAGGCAACUGAAGAACCUGAGCCUUUACUGGUUCCAAAAACACAUCAGCCCUGCAUUCCGGAUGUUCCAAAGCCUCAGAAGGUGGAAGAGCCAGCUUUUCCCUGCUCAGCAGACUUUGACAGUGCUGCAGCAGAUGAUGAGUUUGUUCCUGGCUCCAUGUUUAUGCCAAGUGAUCUGGAUGGACAGAUUGAUUAUCUGGAGCAGUUUGGAUCAAGCACUUUUAAGGAAUCUGCUCUGCGUAAGCAGUCCCUCUAUCUGAAGUUUGAUCCUCUGCUGAAGGAGAGCCCAAAGAAAGCCGCAGUGGACAGCUCGAGCUUCGGGUUCAGUCUUCCUCGCCCCUCUUUGGCAAUCAGAAUGAUGGAGGCUGCAAGGACAGAGGUACGGCAGAAAUCACAGAAAGAUGACACAAAGCUGCUGGAGGACUUUCCUUCACCGGCAGAGCCUCCUGCAGUUCAGGACCCCACUGUACUGGAUCUGCUGGUCCCAACAAUGAAGCAGACCCAGAUGAGCGAGGAUGUCAUAGUGGACAUGCUGCUGUACACACAGAAAGACAUGGACACUGCUUUGGAAAAAGCCCAACAACAGGCAGAGGAGAAAGUAGUGGAUCUGAAUGCUCAGAUUGAGAAGUUGAGUCUGAAUAAUCAGCACGCGAUGCUGAUCGUGUCUGAAUACGAGGCAGUUAUCGCUCAGAUCACAGCCGAGCACAAGAAGAAGGAAGAGCUAGCACAGGCCGAGCUAAGCCGAGUGCUUCAGGAGAAACAGCAGCUGGCAAAAGAGCUGAGCGACAUGGAGCAUUCCUUCUCUGACGUUGUCAAGCGCCUAGACCGACGCAAAGAAGUCAUUGACGGGUUCAAGAAGAACGAGGAGACGCUAAAGCAGUGCGCUCAGAGUUACUUGGCCAGACUGCGGAAGGAGGAACAGCGUUAUCAGACGCUCAAAUCUCACGCAGAGGAGAAAAUUGAUCAAGCGAAUAAGCAGAUAGCAGAGGUACGCAGUAAGCAGGGAGCAGAGGUUUCUGCUCUUCAGGUGCAGCUCAGGAGAGAGCAGCUCAAAGUGCAGUCUCUGGAAAAGAACCUGGAGCAGAAGACAAAGGAGGUGGAGGAUGUCACCAAGCUGUGUGAUGAGCUAAUUGCAAAAGUGCAGCAACACUGAUCUUGUUUGUUUGUAUAUCUGUGUCUGUCUCUCUCUCUCUCUGUACGUAGAUGUCUUUUUGUGUGUUUCUUAUUGUUGUUCAUCUUGUAAUUGACCAAAUAAAAAAAAAGACUUUUACUGUGCAACACUGACUUCUUUCAGUGAAAAGGUUAAAUAAAGAGUUGAAACAAA